AUGCAGAAUGCAAAAACAGGAGAUUCUGCAAGAAUGGCGGGACCCUCGUGUGUUCUGGGAGAUCCAAACGAUCCUGGAAAUGUAUUUGUACGGACGAUUGGUCUGGCAGGCGUUGUGAUGAUACCGCCAUCCAGUCAAUUGGACACCGUCUAUAUUAUUCCCCCUAAUAUUAAUAUGUUAACCGCUGUACUAAUUGUACCUCAAAAGAAUACAACAUUAUUUGACCACAAUGAUGGUUACCCUGUCGUCACUGGUAAUAUCUACGAUGCUAUAAUGCUUAAUAAUGUCUUAGUCAGGCGAAGUACAGAUCCCAUUCUUGUGACAGCUUAUGCACUUAAUGAGGAUUUAUCUGUCGGGGGUCCAUAUUGGACAGUGGUUCCUGGAGUGAACCAAUACCUGCCAAGGUAUAAAGUCAUCAUACAAAACGGAUGGAAUGCUAAUCACAUUGCUAUUAUGAUCAGGAAAAGUGCUGUUGGUGGUUUGCGAGUAAAAGAACAAUCCAUUGAUGCUAACGCAAUUCGAUUCGAGAAAAAUGUGUUCGUUGAAGACCUGGAAUACUCAGUCAUUAUUGCAGAAGUAGCAGAAGGCGAACUGACCGUGGAUACUGUCGACGAAACUCCUUUUGGUUUAAUGGUGUAUGGAAAUCGAGCGGCAGCUGGCUAUGGCUUUGCGGGCAAUGUUGUUCUCCGUUAA